AUGACCGGUCGUGGUAAAGGUGGUAAAGGUCUCGGAAAAGGUGGAGCCAAACGUCAUAGAAAGAUUCUUCGUGACAACAUCCAAGGUAUCACUAAACCUGCUAUUCGUCGUCUUGCACGCCGUGGUGGUGUUAAACGUAUCUCGGGCCUUAUUUAUGAAGAAACUCGUGGUGUAUUAAAAGUUUUUCUUGAAAAUGUUAUUCGAGAUGCUGUCACUUAUACCGAACACGCGAAACGUAAAACUGUCACAUCACUUGACGUCGUUUAUGCGCUUAAACGCCAAGGCCGUACUCUUUAUGGUUUUGGAGGUUAA